GAUAUCAACGAAACAAGAAUACGACAAAAUUCUGCCGUCGAAAAUUUCCGAAACGAGAUCGCUCUCCUGAACGUCCGAGCCGAACGACAUAAAUCAAAAUGCAAGCAGACGGAGGAAGAAAUGAAAAAAUUCCUUGAAGACCGUUUUACUGGUCAUACCCUUACAGAAUUGAAGAAUCUAUGGCACGAAGAUGUUACGCAUGAAGAAUCCAAAUCCUUAAAGAAAUGGGAAUCCAAGCAAAUUUGGCUCGAGAAGUAUGAAGCUGAAUUUAAACAUGAGAGCUUCCUGAAACCCCCAAGGAAGUACAACGAGAGCAAACCAACGGGAGAUUCGCGACAACAAGAUCGACGCGGUAUGACCGACAAUACGCAUUUACAAAGCAUAAGUAAACAGCUAAACCGUAGGAGAAUGAAUCCCAAACAAUUCCAGAACAACCGUCCCGAUGAGAGAAAGUCUGCAAAAUUUGCCCACAAUUGA